AUGGCGGCUGCUGCUGCUCAAGCUCAACCUCGUGUCAUGGUGCUACCCUUUCCUGCCCAGGGCCACGUCAUCCCGCUCAUGGAGCUGUCCCGCAAGCUCGUCGAGCACGGCUUGGAGAUCGACUUCGUCAACACCGAGUUCAACCACGGCCGCGUCCUCCAAGCCUUGGCAGAGGACGGAGCAAUCCCAGGAGGAGUUCACAUGCUCUCCAUUCCAGACGGCCUGGGGCCUGCCGACGACCACACGGACAUCGGCGCGCUGGUCAAGGGACUGCCGGCCGCCAUGUCCGGCCGCCUCGAGGAGAUGAUCAGGUCGAGGAAGACGAACUGGAUGAUAGCGGACGUGUCCAUGAGCUGGGCGCUGGAGCUGGCAACCACGGUGGGCGUCCGUGUCGCCUUGUUCUCCACGUACUCUGCAGCCGUGUUUGCGCUUAGGAUGAACCUCCCAAAAUUGAUCGAGGACGGUGUUGUUGAUGAAAGUGGGAACGUGAAGAGGCACGAGAGGGUCCAACUGAUGCCGCCCGUUGACGCGGCAGAGAUCCCCUGGGUCAGCCUUGGCAGCACGCCUGAGAGGCGCAGAACCAACAUCCAGAACGUCCUCAGGACCAACCGGUUGAUGCCGCUAGCUGAGACGAUCAUAUGCAACACCUUCAUGGAGAUGGAACCUGACGCUCUGGCCCUGCUCCCGAACGCGCUGCCGAUCGGCCCACUGGUAGCGCCGACGUCGAGGCCGGCCGGACAUUUCCUGCCCGAAGACCUCACCUGCCUCGCCUGGCUCGACGCGCAGGCCCCCUGCUCCGUCGUCUACGUCGCCUUCGGGAGCUCCGGCAUCUUGGACGCGACGCAGUUCCAAGAGCUUGCUGACGGGCUCGCGCUCUCCGGCCGACCGUUCCUGUGGGUCGUCCGGCCAAACUUCACCACCGGAGCCACAGAAGGUUGGCUCGACGCGUUCAAGCGCCGCGUCGAGGGAAAGGGUCUCAUCGUGGGCUGGGCGCCGCAGCAGCGCGUGCUCUCGCACCCCGCCGUCGCCUGCUUCGUGUCACACUGCGGGUGGAACUCAACCAUGGAAGGCAUGCUGCACGGCGUGCCGUUCCUCUGCUGGCCGUACUUCGCUGACCAGUUCGCCAACCAGAGCUACGUGUGCAACGUGUGGGGCACCGGCAUCAAGCUUUGCCGAGACGAGCGAGGGGUCGUCACCAAGGAGGAGAUCGAGAGCAAGGUGGCACGGCUGCUCGGCGACGAGGGAGUCAAGGCGAGGGCUGCGACGUGGAAGAACGAGGCUUGUGCGAGCAUUGAAGAGGGAGGGUCCUCGCAUCAGUGCCUUCUCAAGCUUGUGAACUUGCUCGGAGAGGUGGGAUCCCAUCCCAUCACCGCGUGA